AUUAUUCUGAAAUUCAGACUUUUGGUUAACUAACAAGGUUAUAUAUUUUAGUAACAAAAAACUUUUAAAACUUAUUCAGUUUAGUUUUUCAAUAUUUAUAUAUUUUAUAGUAUGGUAUACAUGUAAUUUAACAAUAUGUUGCUAUCUCUUCAUACAUGCUUAUCCGCAUCAUUAUUUUUGCCUAUUUCUUUUUAUAAAGAGAUUUGUGUUACAAAAACUUGUCACAUUCUCUAAUCUCUUCUACGACUCUCCACUAUUUUUUCUAGCCAUGUCUCUACCAAACGAUAUAGAGACAAAGAUAUAUGUUGCAGGUUUGCCUUGGAUCACAAAAACUGAAAGCCUUCGGAAUUACUUUGAACAAUUUGGAGAAAUUGUUUAUGCUAAUGUUGUUUGUGAUAGAGCAACCAAACGAUCAAAGGGUUUCGGGUUUAUCACAUUUAAAGAAGCUGAAUCUGCAAAUAGAGCUUGCGAGGAUCCGAAUCCAACUAUAGACGGACGAAAGACCAGUUGCAAACUUGCUUAUCUUGGUGCUAGGGUUCACAAUAACCAAUCAAACGAAAACGGUCUAGCUAUUUGCGUAGAACCCUACUGGAACCAGUAUCAUUGCCACUGGCAGUAUUAUCAGCAGUAUUACGAAUAUUACCCUUGGUUUAGCAUCUAUCCGUAUUAAACGCAAUCUCAACCAUGAGAUACAUAGAGCUUCUUGUUCUGUUACAUUAUCAUAGUCAAUUUGGUUUAAUUUUUCUGACUUUAUAUUGGUAAAUUUAUUUAUUAUGCAUCUGCAGAAUUGUUUCUCCUC